AUGUCGAGAAGCAAGAUGUCGUCGCAAUCGUGGAGAGUCUCAAACCCAUCAUACAAUAACACCGCAAAUGUACCCUGGAUGUCCAAGCCUGGGAGUGAUUGGCCAAAACCUCAUGAACCUGCCGUCGACAAAAUCGACCUCCAAAAUCUACUCACGGAAACCACAUCCCCCAUCAUCAAAGAUGUGAAAUAUGUCGCUUCCUACAACUGGGAAACUGGCGAUUCUCCCACCAUAUAUGUUCCAGGUUAGUAUAAACUUAUCCACUCGCGUGCUCGAUAACUCUCCAACUGAUCAUAUUCAGGGUCUCCUCCAGCCUGGCCACCUCCCGCAGAAGAUUCAAAGCUGGAACCCGAUCAUGACGACGUCUUUCGAGAUAUCAAUGCCGCUCGGUACCCAAGUUAUCCUUAAGAGCCCGCCAUCCGCUCUGUCUUUGCCAUGCAACCAGAAUUUGAUAUGCAAGCAUUAGACGUAGUUGGCUGUGGCAGUACACUGGGGAAUCUCCUGAGAUAUUCCGGAUCCAUCUACAGUAAGCCGUUCCGCUUCCAUGUGGACGUUGUGGGAGAAACGGUAUUCUUCAUACGAAAGGGGAAAACGGCAAGAGAGAUGAUCACUGAUCUGAGAGGCUAUGGUCAUACUUUUCCCGAAGCGUAUACUACAUGGGACAAGGAAGUUGAGAAGUCAUGUUCUCACCAACGUCUUAUACAAUAUUCUUUCGGGGGGGUUCAAUUUCUUGUCAGAACAGAAACGGAUGGAUAUGUCAGGAAUGACACUUGCAUCGAAAAUGGCCUUCAUAUCAAGGAGGAACCAGGUAUCAAGGAGGAACCAGGUACCGAGGAUAAACCUGAUGUAAAGGGAGAGUCUGAUGCCAAAUUUCCCGCAGAAAUCAGCGAAUCCGGCAUUGCCUCGUCUCCGAAAGAAAUGGAGGCUGGACUUCGGAUCAUGUCUAUGGACAAGCCAAAAGGCUCUGCAGACACUACCCUUCAUGUAGAAAUUGUAGGCACACCAGUUCUCCAGAACCAAAUCUUCGACAUCAAAACUCGAAACAUCCGCAACGUCCUGGAUAUGAACGAGAUAUAUCCACGUCUCUGGGUCAACCAAACGUCAAAAUUCCUCCUCGCCUACCAUAAAUCGGGGGUUUUUUCCAACCCUCAGAUCGAGGAUAUUAGGACCAAGAUUCUCGGUUGGAAAAUGGAGAACUCCGCUCUGUUGGCACGGUACCAUGGUCUUAUCCAGCGCAUCAUUCAAGUUGCUAGGAAUUCGCAAGAUCAGCAGCUGGAGGUGCGUUGGGAUGGUCAAGGUCCUCUCUGCAUCUACAAGCAAGCUGGAGACGGCAAGCGUGUACUUCCGGAAGAGCUUUUGGACCGUGUGUUUCUUUACUCGGGGACUGCGCCGUGA